AUGGAGUACUCGGUAGGGAUGGCGGCGGAUGAGUUCCUAGCGGACCAACGGCGGCGCCUAAGCCCCGUAGUGGGUUACAUCCUUGGCGUCAGGUGGCAACCGGCUGUAAAACAGAAGCCAACAACCAUACUUAUCAUGAAAAGACAAUACGUAAGGAACACGAGGAAUACUAGGGCGUUCCCCUUAAGCGACGUCGGAGAUGAUGGAACUGCGAAAUAUGCUAGGGCGUCCCCCAAAAGCGACGGAAGGGCAAAACAGCAAGGCACCGUGACAAUGUCCGAACUACGUAUUGCUAGCUGGAACAUUGGCACGAUGACAGGACGCAGCGCUGAAUUAAGCGCCAUCUUAGAACGACGUCGCAUCAACAUCUGUUGUGUGCAAGAGACAAAAUGGAAGGGUGCAAAAUCACGACAAAUCGGGAAGGGCUUUAAACUCAUAUACUACGGUACG